AUGUGCAGGACUAAGGAGUUGAAAGGAGACAAUGAAGUGACCUGGCCAUCCGAAAAGGUCACAGAGCUUUGGAAGGUGUUCUUCAAGCCUAACGAGGGCUACAAAGAUGUUUUUGGCAUAACAUGGCCACUGCGCAAGGACCUGCCAAAGCCCUCUGAGGAGGACAAACAAAGGGCAUACGCAGCUGCAGCCAAAGACUUGGUGAACAUCGAUCCUCCUGAGCGCAAACGCAGGAUUAUCCUUGGGAGCGUACUGUCGGGGGUGACGAUUCUGGCGAUGUUCACAGCAGCAAAGUUGCACGCGCACCCACUGGAGCGUGCAUGGCUGCUGCUUCCCUUCUUCCUUGGCGCGGCAGAGAUUGCAUCUGGCGCCGGCGUUUGGGACGUGGAUGGAACUGGCAUGCAGGCCAUCAACGACCCUGAGGUCGACCUGGGCAUCCGAAAGAAGGUCAUCAGCUAUGUCUCGAAAGGGGCAGUGGCUACUUUGUUCGUGAUGGGGCCCUACAUCCUGUGGCCCUUCUAG